AAUAUAAUAAAACAUAGAAGUAAGCAAAAUAUGUCUGCUCAAGUUUCAGCAGUUCCUACAUCUGAAGUUAGACGAUCUUCUGCUAAUUAUCAUCCAAAAAUUUGGGAGGAUCAUUUCUUCACACGUCAUGAUUCAGACUCCGAGAAAAUUGGCAUUAUUUCAAGUGAAGAACAAUUUGAAGGACUAAGAGAAGAAGUGAGGAGAUUGUUAAGUGAGGGUAGCCCAAAUUUGGCUUUGAUUGAUGCAGUCCUACGCUUAGGCAUUGGUUAUCAUUUUACUAGUGAGAUAGAAAGGGCAUUGGAAAAACUUCAUCAUCAUCACUGCGUUACUGACAGCAAUGAUCUUUGCACCGUUGCUCUUCAAUUUCGUUUGCUUAGACAGCACGGCAUUAAGGUUUCAUGUGAUAUCUUUGAAAAAUUUAAAGAUGGUGAAGGAAAGUUCAAAGAAUCCUUAACUCAUGAUGUAAUGGGUAUGCUUAGUUUAUACGAGGCAGCACAUCUUGGCAUUCAAGGGGAAGAUAUCUUAGAUGAAGCCAUAGAUUUCACCACCACAAACCUCCAAUUACUAUUACCUCAAUUAAGUUCUGACCUCGCAAAUGAAGUUAGCCAUGCCCUCAAUCGACCCAUCCGCAAAUGUUUGCCAAGGUUAGAGGCAAGGCAUUAUAUUGAAGUCUAUAAACGGGAGAAAUCACACAAUAGUACAUUACUAAAGUUUGCGAAGUUAGAUUUCAACAGGUUACAACAACUACAUCAGAAGGAACUACCGAACUUGUGAUUCAGGUGGUGGAAAAACUUGGACGUACCAACAAAGCUGCCUUAUGUAAGAGAUAGAGUGGUGGAGUGCUACUUUUGGAUCAUGGGAAUUUAUUUUGAACCCAAACAUUCAUUUGGAAGAAGGAUGAUGACAAGAGUCAUAGCCACUUUAUCGCUACUCGAUGAUACUUUUGACAACUAUGGUACAUGUGCAGAACUAGAGAUCCUUACCGAAGCCAUCCAGAGGUGGAAUAUUAAGGAAAAGGAUACACUUCCAGAGUACAUGAAAAUUAUUUUUAAUACAGUAAUAGAUGUCUAUAAUGAAAUCGAAGAAUUUGUUACUAAAGAAGGGAGAUUAUAUUGCUUGCAUUAUUUGAAAGAAGCACUUAAAAGAGUUGUCCGAUCUUAUUUAGCUGAAGCCAAAUGGCGCGACAAUGGGUAUGUUCCAACAAUGGAGGAAUAUAUGGACCUUUCAUUAAUAACUACUUGUUAUCCAUUGCUCGCAACAACUUCCUUAUUCGGAAUGGGUGAAAUAGCUAACAAAUAUGCGUUUGAAUGGGUAUCUAAUGAUCCUAAGAUUGUUCGAGCUUCGGCUACUGUUUGCAGACUUAUGGACGAUAUAACAUCACUUAUAACAUCUCAUACGCGUGCAAUGGAUGUUAUAUACAAAGAUGAAGAUGGAUACACUAAUUCUCAUGUUAUAAAAGAUUAUGUUGCUUCCCUGCUUAAAGAUCCAGCAGUUUGAG